GGCGCUCAACGGGAGAAGCCGCCAGCAUCGCUGCAGUUCAGACGCACAAGAAACGAAACCUCAGAUUCUGCGCCACUUCAGAGGAAACCCACCGCAACAUUUCUGCGUGGACCGACAACCAUUACAGUCUUGAAACCACAGAUAAGUAGAAAAGGACGCUUUGAGCUCGUUUUGACCGAUUUCAGAUCAGCGUCGAAGGCAGCCAACACAAAGUACACUUUUAAGAUUUGGCACAUCAGCUUACGAGAGUCAAGGACUGUGAAAAAUAUUCCGAAUAGUCGUUAUAUGACAACUUCUACUGGCCAACAUCAGUCUUCAUGAAUGCGUGACUUAAAUUCUGCUUUAUUCUCGGAUGAAAAAGCCCACACGCGCGCACUUUGGGACCUGAAUUUAAAACGCUGGGAUGUAGUUUUGGCGGACCAGAGGGGAGGAUUUGGACUUCGAGAAUGAACUUCGUAAGCCACCCCUGCUUACUUUCUGUGCUUUAAAGACACCUUAAAACAUGGGUUGAAAGCGACGAUGAUGGGCUGCGGGGACAUUCAACGUGGGAGGGAGCAGAAUUUGCUGUGUUAUAUAAUGAUUGACAGCGCCUUGUAAAUAAGUGGUAAAUCAUACCCAGCAUCACCCCCAUUACCCCCAUCCCUUUCCCCUUGAAUGUUAGAAAAGAGUUAUUUUAAUUUAGUUGAAGCUAAUAUUAUAGUUUAUAAAGCUUUUAGGCAGGGUAUGUCACCAGGUAGAAGAUAAAUUAAUAACAGUCAACUCCCUUUUUUACUUCUCUCGCUACAGAUGUGUAUAGCUAUAUAUUUUGCUUAGAGAUUAAAGCUAUUUAAAUUCCAUUUUAUCAUUUUAAAGCCCCACUUAGACAAUACUUAUUGCUUCCUGCCAAUAUCACUCUUUUUUUUUUUAAACAUUUCGCUCAAUAAAUUGUUAAUAAUGACGGCCCACACUCUUGUCCUACAUGUUGAUGUCAGAAUGACUGUGAAUUCAGUAAAUCAGACAAUCAACUUCAUCAUAAGCUUAUUUUUGAGCUUUAAACAGUUUUCAUGGCUUUGCAACGUUUUUAAAGGCUACUAAGAUGCUAUAAUGCUCAUUUUUGCCCUCAUCUUUGGGGAUAUGUAGUUUCUCUGCAAUCCUCUAUCUUUUUACCUUUGUGACUUCCUGUUUCGGAACCUCCUAAGCUCAUAGUUAAACUUCAGCAAAGGUUUCGUUGGUCCCUCCCUCCCCCCAACUCAUCAGGGCUGGUGGGGGGGGUGGAUCUCGGCCCCAAGGGGUCAAAAUUGUGGUUGGUGGUCCCCUAGAGGAAGGAAUCCUACCAUGGAGGCCAACCCAGAGAGCCCCAACAGGGCAGUGGAGUACCUCCUGGAGCUGAACAACAUCAUUGAGAGCCAGGCCAAACUCCUGGAGACACAGCGCCGGCGCAUCGAGGAGCUGGAGGGCCAGCUGGACAGGGUCAGCCAAGAAAACCAGGACCUGAGGCAGGAUCGCAGCCCGCGUACCCCUGGAUCAGACACCCCAGAGCAGAACCAUGACCACAGCCAGCCCCUGUCCCUCCCCAUCCAUCAUGGCAGCGGGGCUGGUGGGAAUGGUAGCAGCUCAGCAUCUCAGGUGACAGCUGGAUCAGCCACAACUCCAGGACCCAGCAGGGAGAGGAGAAGCCACACCAGGCUGACAAGAGGGCUCUCCUGCAGCUCUUCCACCACAGAGCGAGACCGGCUUGAACGCACUGACAGCACAGACACUAACGCCAGCUCCAGCUUGCGUAGAAAUGUGGAAGGAGAAUCCCAGUGUCCAGAGACUGGCACCCACAAAGACAGUCCCUUCAGCCAGAUGCCUUACAUUCGAGGCUCAGAACUCUACAGUGACAGCAGCAGCGGUCCUCCUGGUUCCAGGGGCCCCCCAUCCGUGGCAGCCUCCAGCUCAGCUAGCCUGGCCUGGGCGCUGAGAACGCGCCACCAACCUGCAAGUCUGGCCCUUCGCAAACAAGAAGAAGAGGAAAACAAAAGGUGCAAGGCUCUAUCUGACAGCUAUGAACUCUCCACAGAUCUGCAAGAUAAGAAGGUGGAAAUGUUGGAGAGAAAGUAUGGAGGCUCCUUUGUAAGCCGCAGAGCAGCGAAGACCAUUCAGACGGCCUUCAGACAGUAUCGCAUGAACAAGAACUUUGAGCGCCUCCGAAGCUCUGCCUCAGAGAGUCGGAUGACACGCCGCAUCAUCCUAUCAAACAUGAGACUCCAGUAUUCCUUUGAUGAGCGGCAGCCUCAGCAGCAGGCCCAGACACAGACGAACUUCACCCACAGUGUGGCUAUAGGGCCCCCUCACUCCCCCGAUCCAGAACGCCCAGGAGACUACACCCACCUGGAGGACUCCUUUUCCAAACAGGUUAAGUCCUUAGCUGACUCCAUAGAUGAUGCACUUACCUGCCGCACGGGUCGUGAUGACUCCCAGGAAGGCAGCAGGGAAGGAGGAGGAAUCAGUGAAGACUUUGGAGAGUGCAUGUGGAGCAGCAGCAGCAACCCCUCCUCCCAAAGAGGUUUGGGAGAAAGAGGAAGAGGAGCUGGAGGAGGGCUCAGUAUGCACGGUGACAGUACAGCCACCUCGUACAGCGAUGUCACCCUUUACAUGGAUGACGGCAUGCCAUCCUCUCCACUAUCCCUUGACCGGGCGCCCAGCAGCACAGAUACAGAAUACUGGGGCCCCGGUGGUGGUGUGGGAGGUCGUGAGGACAGCAGAGAUACCGAGGGAGGAGGCAGCAGUAACAGUCGGCGCAGUACCCCAUGUACAGAGUGCAGAGAUUAUCGUCAAAGAGGUGCACACCUGCCUCUUCUCACUAUUGAGCCACCCAGUGACAGCUCAGUAGAUAUGAGUGACCGUUCAGACCGGGGCUCCCUGAACAGACAGCUGGUCUAUGAGCAGGAACCUGGAGUGGGUUCCAGCUCCCCUCAGGGAACCCUCAAACACUCCCCCAACACAGGCACCCGCACCUCCUCCACAGGAGCUGCACAGGGUCAGACCCGAGCUCCUGGCAGACCCAUACCCACGCAUAUCCCACACCAGGUGGCAGCCCACCACCAUCAUCACCACCACCCUAUCCACCACCAUCAGUACCCUGAUACACCUUCAUCUUCCUCCUCCCCUCAGCAGCCUCCCACCACUCCUCUGUCCUCCUCCUCAUCAACAGCUCUGCCACCUGGUGGUCUGGAGCAGCCGUGCUGCUCUGACGGAGACAAUGACUCACUCAACUCCACCACCAACUCUAAUGAGACAGUCAACUGCAGCUCGGGCUCUUCGUCUCAAGACAGCUUGCGGGAGCCGCUGCCUCCUCUGGGCAAGCAGACCUACCAGAGGGAGAGCCGGCAUAGCUGGGACUCACCACCAUUCAACAGUGAUGUGGUGCAGAGACGCCAGUACCGCAUCGGUCUCAAUCUCUUCAACAAGAAGCCAGAGAAAGGCAUCCAGUACCUGAUAGAGAGAGGUUUUGUAUCAGACACCCCUGUUGGGAUUGCUCGUUUCAUCCUGGAGAGAAAGGGCCUCAGCAGGCAGAUGAUUGGAGAAUUCCUGGGAAACCGACAGAAACAGUUCAACAAAGAUGUUUUAGACUGUGUGGUGGAUGAGAUGGAUUUCUCUGGUAUGGAUAUCGAUGAUGCUCUGAGGAAAUUCCAGGCCCAAAUUAAAGUUCAAGGAGAAGCCCAAAAAGUGGAGAGGCUCAUAGAGGCGUUCAGCCAGAGAUAUUGUGUUUGUAAUCCGACCCUGGUUCGGCAGUUCCAGAACCCCGACACCAUCUUCAUCUUGGCUUUUGCCAUAAUCCUUCUCAACACAGAUAUGUACAGUCCCAAUGUCAAAGCUGAGAGGAAGAUGAAACUAGAGGAUUUCAUCAAGAACUUGAGAGGUGUAGACAAUGGCCAGGAUAUCCCCAGGGACCUGUUGGUUGGGAUCUACCAGCGGAUACAGAAAUGGGAGCUGCGGACCAAUGAUGACCAUGUGUCCCAAGUGCAGGCAGUGGAGAGGGUUAUUGUGGGCAAGAAACCUGUUCUGUCCCUUCCCCAUCGAAGGCUGGUGUGUUGCUGUCAGCUUUAUGAGGUGCCUGACCCCAAUAGACCUCAAAGGACGGGAGUGCACCAACGAGAGGUUUUUCUCUUUAAUGACCUGCUGGUGGUGACAAAAAUUUUCCAGAAGAAGAAAACCUCAGUAACUUAUAGUUUCAGACAAUCUUUCCCUUUGGUUGAGAUGCAAGUGCACAUGUUCCAGAACUCAUACUACCCUCAUGGCAUCCGCCUGACCUCUGCCAGCUUGGGUGGAGAGAGGAAGGUUCUUAUUGUAUUUAUGGCACCCAGUCAGCAAGACCGCACACGCUUUGUUAGUGACCUCAGGGAGAGCGUUGCUGAAGUGCAAGAGAUGGAGAAAUAUAGAGUGGAAUCGGAGUUAGAGAAACAGAAAGGUGUGAUGCGACCCAGCUUGCUGACUGGGAGUGUGGUUGGAGGAGGUGUAGGUGUGAAGAGCGAUGUUGUGAAUGGCACCUUGGGAAGGACAAGUUUCGAUGACAACUGCUCAGUGGGUGAGGGUCUCAAACGCACAGCGCUCAGCUCAUCUCUCAGGGACCUUUCUGACACAGGGAAACGUGGUCGCAGGAACAGUGUUGGUUCUCUGGACAGUACAAUGGAAGGCUCCAUCAUUAGCAGCCCACAGCCUCACCAGCGCUAUCCUGUGCCUGGUGUGCUCCCAGGCUGCUACGGAACAGAAGACUUCCGGCCUCACCGCCCCAUCCUGAGCCCCGGGACGGGGGUGGGGGGUGGGCCGGGGCAGCAACAUACCACUGCUGGGACAGGAGUUGGCGGAGUCUCCAGCAGUGUAGAGAGAGCAGGAGUGGGGAGCGGCCCUGGGGGGACCAACAGCAGCAACAACAGCGGCUCCUUCCUGGGCUCCCUCUUCGGCAGCAAACGCGCCAAACCACCAGGGCCCCUUAUUCCACCGGGGCCACCUUACCCCGCACCUGUACCCCCACCGACUACGGGAGGGCCCCCACCUCACUCCCCUUCAUCUCUAUGCCAGUUGGAGGGGGGUGCUUCCAAGAUCCAGGCACUGCACGCACAGUACUGUCACGCAGGCACCGUACAGCCUCCACCACCUUACUACCAUCACCAUCGCUACCACGUCCAAACUGUCCCUCCACCUUUGCAAGGUGUGCCUCCUCAUACUUUACAGAGAGGCCCACUAGCCUGUCGUGCACCCCUCGGCCCACCGCACAUCCAGCACCCUCAGCUGGCCCAUCUCUCCCAGCUCUCCCAGCAUGGACUUCCGGGUCGUUACACCAACAUGGUGGUAGGAUGUCCCCCACCCCUUUCUCCUCUCUCCCAACAUUCCCAGAACCCACAGUUUGCCCUCUACCACGCACAGCCCACACACUCCAUCAGAGGGGGCAGCGGCCCUGGUACCAAGCAACCAUUAACCCUGUCUCACUCCCACCCCCACCUCCACUCACACUCCCAAACCCACCCCGGACACGUGCACACACCACACCCAGCCAGCCACUCCACCCACCAAACACACUUCAUAUUCGGCACUCUGCCGCACAAUCUACCAUCCGGCUCCGUCAAUGCACAUCACGCAGCGUCCGCCGCCCCGUAUCUGCCCCAGUACCCUCCUCUUUCUUCUAUCCCCCCUCCCCCACCACACUCCCCUUUACCCCCCCCUUCGUCCCCCCUUACCCCUCUUACACCUCUCUCCCCUCCCCCCCCAGCACCCCGGGCAGCCUCAGCAGGGGCCGCAGGUGACGGGAGCUGGGGCAACAGGUACAGGGGGCAGCUCCAAAUCCAAACCUAUCAACCGGAUAAGUACCGUGGUGUGAGCAGGACAUGGGGCUCCAGGGUCCAAAGGUCGGAUAACAGAUUGGAGGAGGUGGGCAGAUUUAGAGCCAGAGCCAAAUCUGCCAGGACAGAAAGUAACAGCAGCAGCGCUGGUGACAAGAGGAAACGCAGCUUGCUUCGUCUCUGUUACUUUCACCUCCGCUUCCCACAUAUGUAGGUGGAGAUAAGGUGUAAAACAAGUUAAAUGGCACGUGCCCGCAUCCUGCAACAAACAUGCAUUCACUACAUGAACACACUCUACAUAUUGCCACAUACAAUCAAAGAAAAAAAAUCUAUAGCCAUAUAAUUUAAAUGAAAUUAAAUCUAUAUCUAAAUAUAUUGCCACAGUUUUAAUUGUUUGAAGUCUAGUUGAGUAUGAAUGAGACUAUUUAUAUGUACAGUACCAAGACGGGAUAAUGCAACACUGGAAUAACGGAGACCAUACUUAUUUACAUGAUUACAUAAUGAUGUAAAUAAAGACUGAACUAUGAAAUGCAUUCCAGCAGAGUUUUGCAUUAAACAACAGGGGAAAUAUACUUACUUAAAGAUGAUAGAAAAAAGUCCCUUGACUUUGCAAUAAUUUACUUGGCUUCAUUAUGUCUCCAUUCAUUUUUGCAGGUAAAGCUUUACUGACAGCUUUUUAACAUAUUAUUUAUUAAACUCUUUUAUUUUUCCAAAAGAAAACCUCAGAUUUGUUGCUGUGUCUUAAACUUCUAAAACAGUGCACGGUUCUGCUUAAGGGUCUUUUACACAUCAACAACAGUCACCAGGCUUUAUAACGCUUUCCAAGUGGGGUAUGGAAAUCAGUAAUACAAACAAUAAUAUAUUUUGAAUGUUUCUGAAGCUUCUCGUGUUAUUGAUAUUACGAUAUUCCUGCUAUGAGUAUGAUGAAUAUUGUCUAAUAAUUGUUUUGAUCAGUGACUAAUUAUAUCAGCUGAUGUUUGUAUGUGGUUAUAGAGUGUAUGCACAUACAGGUUCUCUCUGUUUGCUAUAAACACUUGAGGGUAUUCUGUUAUGUGAGGUGUGGUUUAUUUUCAUAGUAUCAUAAUUCCCAUUGAGUUUCGUUUUUAAAGAUUAGUAUUUUUGACUGUUAAAAUGAAUGAUUUUGUUCAAAUUGAUAUGAACACUUUAAAUUCCUCCUUCUCUGUUCUGUUAAUUGCCAGCAAAUAGGCACAACUUCUUAAGAUGGCGUGACCAACAAAACUUGAAUUUACAGAAUGAUUAUAAUUUGAUCUUUUAUUUUUGAUUUCUUAUGAGUCCCCAAGUACUGGGUAAAAAAAAAAAAAAGGUUUAAAUGUGGUUUUGGAAAUCUGAUACUCGUUAUUGUAAAGGGCAUCGGCUGUAUGCCCACCAUUUCCCAGUCAUCAGAUUUAGUCAUUGUGUGUUUUUCUAUUUUUCUAUGUUCUGAAAGAAGCACGCUUUUACAUGAGGUUUUGUGGUUUUGCAUAUGUGAUGUCUUCAGUCAGAAAUGGCCUUCUUCUAAUCCUCCCUCUUCUGAUACUUUCAGAAAUCUCUUUAUUACAUUUUCUGAUGCCUUGGCAUCUUGCUUAGGGCUUCUUGUUUGAAUACAUUACGAAAGUCAAGAAUGUAAUAUAACCUGCAAGUAAAUACUGUAUUUCCUGUUCCCGCUACCUGCCAGCCCCCUUCCUCUCCUGUGAGCCUUGCGUAGGUGUUAUUCCUUUUGCUACUGCAAUUUUUUAAGGAAAAAUUGAGCACUGGUGUAAUUUCCUUACAGCGCAAUAUAAAAGGGGAAAACUGCAUAUAUUUUGAUCCAGGAAGGGGACAAUAAAAAGCAAGCUGCUGAUAAAAGAUGCCAAAAUUCAAGGUUUGAAUUAUCACAAAAAGGAUUUUAAGAAGGGUUGGAGAGAGUCAAGAAUGUUAAAUGAAGAUUUUAGACAUAUGUGUUAACUAUCCUUUUCUUUUUAUGGUGUCUUUUUUGACUCUUCUUGCAUGAAUAUAUCUGCACUUAUUGAAUAGACUGUACUGUAUAAACAUGAAUGUACAUAAUAAAACUAUACAUAGGCUUCUUAUAGAGAUGGGAUAAAUUCCCAUUCUGUAUUCAGGUGCGUGCAUGUGGGUGCCACUAAGUAUGCACAUAUACAACUAGAGACGUUGGAUACGUUGGCCUAAAGGAUUAUUGACCUCUUUUUCUUUUCUUUUUUUUCAGACUAAAGGUGUGAGAAUGAAUUACAGUGAUAAAAAUUCAAGCCUGAAUAAACAUUUAUAUGUCAGUGCACUUAUUGAUAUUAUUUUAAACAUGAUUUCAUUUUUUCUUUGUGUAUGUAUUAUGUGUACUGAAAGAAUAGAGAAUUGAGAUGUGAAUAUUUAUUGCUUCUGAUAAAUUAAAGUGUCCUUGCAGUGAAAUGAUCA